UUUUCUACUUCAGUUGCAUUUGUUUUCAUUUCAUUUUAUAUAAAGGAGAUCCGUGUUCUUGUGAUUCAGUGUGUAUAAUAUCAAGUUGUUGAUCAUUGUUGGUUUCGAGUUGUUGUGAUUUCUUUUUCUUUUUUUUUUUUCCUUUUUUUUGGGGGCUAAUGCUUGAUGUGAGGAUGCUAAUGAUCUGUUAUGGAAGGUGAAAGUGGUUAAGGAAAACUACUUUGAUAGGCUUCCAUGGCAGCCAGAGCAGUGAAUACCCAUAAGUCUGCAAAUAGGAUACUUUUGCGGCAUUCAUAGGUAAAGACAGGAUCUGUUCUCAGUGUUAGUUCUUUGGAGCUGCAUAUUUUAUUGCUACUAAAGCUUCACAGGUUUGACUAAGCUGUGGACCAAAUAUGGCUCCUGCUCUCAAAGGCAAAGUUAUUGUAAUUAUGGGUGUCAGUGGUGCUGGCAAAACCACAAUAGGUGAGAUGCUGGCCGAAGUAUUGAAUUGUAGUUUUCUCGAUGCCGAUGAUUUUCACUCACAAUCAAGCAAAGAAAAAAUGCAUCAAGGCAUUCCUCUAUCAGAUAAAGACCGGAUUCCAUGGCUUGAAAGUCUACGGGAUGCCUUAAGAGAGAGGUUAGCUGGUGGAAAAACUGUUAUACUUGGCUGUUCUUCUCUCCAGAAGCAAUAUCGAGAAAUUCUUAGAUCUGCUGACCCUAGUUAUGAACUUGCAAGCUAUGUCAGUGCAGCUAAGUUUGUAUUGCUUGAUGCCAAGGCUGAGGUGCUUGCCGAGCGGCUAAAUAAAAGAGCUGCAGAAGGGAAGCAUUUCAUGCCAGCUACUCUUUUGCAAUCGCAGCUAGACUUGUUGCAGAUUGAUGAUUCCGAAGGAAUAUUUAAAGUUGAUGCUACUUUAAGUCCUCGAGCAAUCGUAAAUGACAUAAAAGCUUUGAUUUUAUGAUAAUUUGACAACAUUUCAUGUACGAACAGUCUUGAAUUGC